UGGCGGUCCACGAUGCCCCAGCCACUGUGAACAGUGCCCUACCCAGCCCUGGAGACGCUUGCCUCUGCUUGCCCGUGUGACCAGCACCAAGGAAUCCAGGGACCCAGGAGCGCAGCGAAGGCCGCCCAACGCGUGCAGAGGAGGCCGACCCGCACAGCGCAGGGCACAUACUCAGGCUGACUGGAGCUGGCACUGGGGGCUAGGGAUGUCAUCCUGGACUAGGUGGCAUGGACCCGCCAUGUCGCGCAUCUGGGGUUUCUGCUGGCUGGUGGCUGGCUUGUGGAGGGCUGCGCUCGCCUGCCCCAUGGCCUGCAAAUGCAAUGCCUCUCGGAUCUGGUGCAGUGACCCUUCUCCUGGCAUCAUGGCAUUUCCACGGUUGGAGCCUAAUAGUGCAGACCCUGAGAAUAUCACGGAAAUUUACAUUGCAAAUCAGAAAAGGUUAGAAAUCAUCAACGAAGAUGAUGUUGACGCGUAUGUGGGACUGAAAAAUCUGACCAUUGUGGACUCUGGAUUAAAAUUUGUGGCUCAUAAAGCAUUUCUGAAAAACAACAACCUGCAGCACAUCAAUUUCACCCGAAAUAAAUUGACAAGUUUGUCUAGGAAACAUUUUCGUCAUCUUGACUUGGCUGAGCUGAUUCUUGUGGGCAAUCCAUUUACAUGCUCCUGUGACAUCAUGUGGAUCAAGACUCUCCAGGACACUAAAUCCAGCCCCACGUCUCAGGAUUUGUACUGCCUAAAUGAAAGCAGCAAGAAUGUUCCUCUGGCAAACCUGCAGAUCCCCAAUUGUGGCUUGCCAUCAGCAAAUUUGGCCGCACCUAACCUAACUGUGGAGGAAGGAAAGUCUAUAACCUUGUCUUGCAGCGUGGCCGGUGAUCCAGCUCCAAAUAUGUACUGGGAUGUUGGUAAUCUGGUUUCCAAACAUCUGAACGAAACCAACCACACACAGGGCUCCUUAAGGAUAAGUAACAUUUCAUCUGAUGACAGUGGAAAGCAAAUCUCUUGUGUGGCAGAAAACAUUGUAGGAGAAGAUCAAGAUUCGGUCAACCUCACUGUGCAUUUUGCUCCAACUAUCACAUUUCUCGAAUCUCCAACCUCAGACCACCACUGGUGCAUUCCAUUCACUGUGAAAGGCAACCCGAAGCCAGCACUUCAGUGGUUCUAUAACGGGGCAAUAUUGAAUGAGUCCAAAUACAUCUGUACUAAAAUACACGUGACCAACCACACGGAGUACCAUGGCUGCCUGCAGCUGGAUAACCCCACGCACAUGAACAAUGGGGACUACACUCUGAUGGCCAAGAACGAAUAUGGGAAGGAUGAGAAACAGAUUUCUGCUCACUUCAUGGGCUGGCCGGGAAUCGAUGAUGGGGCAAACCCAAAUUAUCCUGAUGUACUUUAUGACGAUUAUGGCACUGCAGCAAAUGACAUUGGGGAUACCACAAACAGAACUAGUGGAAGCCCUCCCACAGAUGUGGCUGACAAGGCUGGUCGGGAACAUCUCUCGGUCUAUGCUGUGGUGGUAAUUGCGUCUGUGGUGGGAUUUUGUCUACUGGUGAUGCUGUUUCUGCUUAAGUUAGCAAGACACUCCAAGUUUGGCAUGAAAGAUUUCUCAUGGUUUGGAUUUGGGAAAGUAAAAUCAAGACAAGGUGUUGGCCCUGCCUCAGUUAUCAGCAAUGACGAUGACUCGGCCAGUCCACUCCACCACAUCUCUAAUGGGAGUAACACUCCAUCUUCUUCUGAGGGCGGCCCCGAGGCCGUCAUUAUUGGAAUGACCAAGAUCCCUGUCAUUGAAAAUCCCCAGUACUUUGGCAUCACUAACAGUCAGCUCAAGCCAGACACAUUUGUUCAGCACAUCAAGCGUCAUAAUAUUGUUCUGAAAAGGGAGCUAGGUGAAGGAGCCUUUGGAAAAGUUUUCCUAGCUGAAUGCUAUAACCUCUGUCCAGAGCAGGACAAGAUCCUGGUGGCAGUGAAGACCUUGAAGGAUGCCAGUGACAAUGCACGCAAGGACUUCCACCGGGAAGCCGAGCUUCUGACCAACCUCCAGCAUGAGCACAUCGUCAAGUUCUAUGGUGUCUGUGUGGAGGGUGACCCACUCAUCAUGGUCUUCGAGUACAUGAAGCAUGGGGACCUCAAUAAGUUCCUCAGGGCGCACGGGCCUGAUGCUGUGCUGAUGGCUGAAGGCAACCCGCCCACGGAGCUGACGCAGUCUCAGAUGCUACACAUCGCCCAGCAGAUCGCGGCCGGCAUGGUCUACCUGGCCUCCCAGCACUUUGUGCACCGGGACCUGGCCACGAGGAACUGCCUAGUCGGGGAAAACCUCCUCGUGAAAAUCGGGGACUUCGGCAUGUCCCGGGAUGUGUACAGCACCGACUACUACAGGGUCGGAGGCCACACAAUGUUGCCCAUUCGCUGGAUGCCUCCGGAGAGCAUCAUGUACAGGAAGUUCACCACAGAGAGUGACGUCUGGAGCCUGGGAGUCGUGUUGUGGGAGAUCUUCACAUACGGCAAACAGCCCUGGUACCAGCUAUCAAAUAAUGAGGUGAUUGAAUGCAUUACUCAGGGCCGAGUCCUGCAGCGACCUCGAACAUGCCCCCAGGAGGUAUAUGAGCUGAUGCUGGGGUGCUGGCAGCGAGAACCCCACAUGCGGAAGAACAUAAAGGGCAUCCAUACCCUCCUCCAGAACUUGGCCAAGGCAUCUCCAGUCUACUUGGAUAUUCUGGGCUAGAACCCUUCCUCCCAGACCAAUCCUUCCCCACGCACCUCUUCAGAUGGGUGAAAGGAUGAACGCCUUUGAACUGCCGCGGGCUGCCAUCAAAAUGGUGUUCUUAACUCUGACAGUAUUAACAACAAAGACAAGGCGACGCUUUCAGAAGGAAGCAAUGUGUACCCCAUCUAUAGACACAGUCUUGACUUCUUUUGGACAUCAUCUCUUCUCUCUUUCCAUUUCCCUUGAUUUGUUCCCCAAUAUUUGUUUCAUUAUUAUUACUUGUCUUCCCUGCUUCUUGGUCCUUACUCUUUCUUUUUACUCGGUCAGGCUUCUGCAUUACUAUUAACUCUGCAUAGACAAAGGCCUUAACCAACCCAAUUUGUUAUAUCAGCAGACACUCCAGUUUGCCCACCAUGACUAACAAUGCCUUGUUGAAUUCCUGCCUUUGAUGUGGAUGAAAAAAAGGGAAAACAAAUAUUUAACUCAACUCUGUCACUUCUGCUGUACAGACACUGGGAGUUUCUGGGGAUUCCCUUCUAUUUAUUUAUUUAUUUAUUUAUUAUUUAUUAUUACUGUUCUUGUUGUUUUGGGAUGGCUGAAGCCUAUCUAUUAAAAAGGAAAACUUGUGUUCAAUCUGGGAAGCCUUUCUCUAUGGGAGAGAUGGAAAGCAGAAAGAAUGAAGAUUUAUUGUGAACUCCGGUAUGUGGAAAAAUAAAGACAGCCAUUGGGAUCCGUUGGCAUCAAUCCCAACUUAAGACAAACCCACCAACUGUUAGCCAGAAGGAAUAUAUUCAGCACCUUCCCCGAGGAACUUUCUGAGGAAGAAAAGACUGCUGAACUCAGUACCAUGGGACUGACUAUUCUUUUCCCAUCACCAGAGGCACUGACUACAGUGUAGGAAAGAGAAAAUGUGAUGUUGAUGAGUGAGGCACAAGAUAGUGCCUCAAAUGACCAGAUAAAACCUUAGCCUGGUGUCUGUAGGGUAUAGGGAUGGCACUGGCUUGUUUCUCGAGUGCUAUCAACCCGGCCUUUAGCACAUUAGGCUGAAAACAGGUGGAUUCUUGUCCAGAAAUAAGUUCAGGGUCAGGUGUGAGCACCAAGGACUUGGAAGAGAUGAGGCACACUGUAAAUGUGGAGCCAAGCUUCUCUUCUACUGAACUUUUUAGAUAGCACGACCCUCUGACCCUUAUCUUCCACCCCACCCAUCUUUAUAACUGUACAAGCAAAACUGUGCAUGGUCUUUGUCAAUUAAUACCUGUGUGCAGAAACUAACACUCCAGGUGUUGUACCCCCGAUAGGUAGAGCAGAUCUGUAAAAGGUAUAACAUAUGUAUUUAGGGGAAGCUAAUGGAGUUCAUUAGCUGAAUUUAAGUGUCUCUGCAUUGUAUGGUGGUGAUGGGUGUUAACUUCUGUGGACCCUGAAACCUGGAUGUCUUCAUUUAUUUGAACCAACGGGGCUGUGGGCAAUGCAGAACCCAUCCCUGAGGGCAAUUAGACCUCACCCCAGGAUACCACGUGUACAGACGUUCUGUAUACACUGGCCAAGGCCUUGCUCUGUGGCUCUGGUUGGGAGAGUGGUGUCAUUCCAAGUGUCCUCCAUUGUCAGUAUGUUGUUUUGUUGUUUUCACUUCCUGGAAAUAAUAAAAAUUAGGCACAGCAUGCUAAUGAGAGGCUGUGCCCAGGAUGAGCUUUAGAGAUGUGCUUCUGGGAAUAGUAGUUGAAUUGGCAGAAGUAAAUUUACAGGUGUUUGGAGAGUCAGUUAAACCAAUGAAGAAAAUUUUGCUCUUCUUCAAGAAAAUUUGCUACCCUCUGUGAGGGGAAUUUUGCUAACCUGACAUCUUUAUAACAUGAGCCAGAUUGGAAAGGAGUGAUUUUUCAAAUUCAUCUUUGCUCAUUUUAUUCCAUACUUGUUUCUGAAGGUGCAGUAGCUCUAUUUAGGUUUGGCUUGCACCCAUUAAUUACUGGGGCAUCUUGUUUUACAUUACAGGCUUUGAAAGCCAGUUCUCAGAAACUUCAAAAGUGUAAAUUAACAGAGAACAAAAGGAAAUCUAGGAACAUCAGUGGUCCAUUGAGGGGGUUGGGCAAGACAAACUGAAUAAUUUCUUUUUACAUUGUGUGCUGGCCUAUGAGAGAUGGGCAGAAAGCUGUGUGUUCUCUUUGUUGGUGAAAAAACCAAAACCCUCCAGAAUACACAUAAUAAUAUAAUGAAAGCCAUAUCUCCAUGAUAUAUGUGUGUGCAUGUAUAUCAUACCAAGGAACCACAGUACUGUUAAGACACUGUGGAACUCAGUAAAGCAGAGAGGAAGGGGCAGAUUUGUACACAUCUUUUCUAGAUUCCAUCAGCAGUGACCUGAUCGCCUAUGCAUGUUUGUCAUUCUGCGUGGGCAGCCAGCCAAGCUAGGGAAAGAAGCUGCAAGUUCUUAUUUUUUUUAACAGAGAACUAAAGAGGUCAUAUUAGAAGAAAUCGCAUCCAAGGAGGGCUGUGCAGGAUUAGAGCAACAAUUAAAUGCAAAUAAGAAGAUGGGAGCAUUUCACUCCAUUCCAGUUGUGUGCUUUCCUCUAAAGGAAAAAAAAAGCAAAAAAAAAAAAAAUCUCCUUAUCUCCUGACUAGUCCCUCAAGGCCUUGAACUAAAAGGUUCUAUGCAAGUGCAAAGUUGUAUAAUGAUUUACACUGCUACUUAUUAUUGUUACUAUUAUUAUUAUCAUCAUUAUUUCCUCAAUUGUCUCGUCUAUGUGCUGAUUUCAGAGAUGUCUCAUGUUGAAAGAAUCCCAGAUUUCUCUUAAAGUAGUAAAGUGAGCCACAGAAUAUUUUAAAAUAUCCUUCUCUGUCCCUCCACCACCUCCUUUUCUCAUGAUCUUCUAGUUUUCCAAAAAUUAGCAUCCUCAUUCUACAAUUCAUUGGCCACCAAAUGUGGCCUGCCACCAAAUUCCACAGCCCAAACCCCAGGGAGGCAUCACUUCUAUUUAUCAACAAUUUCACUGUUUUCCAGACACCUUUCACACUGGAUUCUGAUAUGGCAGGAAUCCUCUUAUCAUAGGUGAGGAAAUUGAGGCGAAGUGGCAUGCUAGAAGCCUCCAGGGUGCUACUGGCCCCACUGGGACUUAAUCUAAGUGUUCUGACUGCUAUCUCAUUCUUCCCUUGAAUAGUCUGUUGAAGAACACUGUCAUCUACAAACAAGUAGUUCAGGAAAGAAAGCACAUUUACAUCAUUUCAUGCAUCAGAAUCCGAACUUAAAAGAAGUAGAACACAUGUGAUGAAGAAGACCUGAAAGGUCGCCACAUACAAUCCUGAUCAUGACGUCUGCUAAACCCUUGUACACUGUACCCAUUUCAGAAUUGGGCUUAUUUAGAACCCUCUUCUCAUAAAGCAGUACAUCAGAAUUCAUAUCAUACCUGCGUGCUCACAUCUGUGCUACUUGUAGCAUGCUCAUGUAUUGAUAUAGAUGUUAUAAAUUUUAUUUAUAUAUACUCAAACACACGGGCAUAGUUUGUGUGUUGAUGUAUAAAUUUAUAGGCACCCAGUGAUAGAAAUAGCUAUAAGUAGGGUGUGGUAUGAAUAAUUUGCUUAAAAUCUGCCGAAUAACCAAAACUUUCCAAUGUCUUUUUGCUGUUAGUGCUUCCACGCCCCACACUGGUAGGAUUGCCUUCACUUUUUAACCCCAUGCAGUACUGCAUCGGUGGAAGACAUCAUUCAGAAAAAGUGCUUCCCAACACAACUGAAUCAAAGCCAUCCCACUUCCACCAGCCCUCUCCCUGGUGCCUUGCAGGGAAAACGCAGACUGGAGGAGAUCUCCUUGUAGAAAGGAAAGAAGUGAUUGCCUUCCCUCUGUUUUCAUUCAUUCCUAUCAUGUGCACAUUUCCCACGGUGACCCCUUUACACUUGUGUUUAGAGUCCAUGCAUUCCAGCAAAGAACUGGAAUGCUGGGAGCCCCAGGUCCUGGAGGCCAAGGGAGAGAAGUCUGAGACCCCAUAGUGAGAUGAGCAACUCUUGAGAAUUCCCACAUCUGACUCUGAAUGCAACAACCCCCAGAGGAGAAUGGCUCCCUUUGUAAAGAACCAUGACAACAUCAUUCCCUGGCCAGGAAUGGGCUUUUUUUUUUUUUAAUCUUUCUUUUUUGCAAAUUAGACACUCUACAAUGCCAACAACGUAAAAUUGUAUCUGAUUAAAUAAAUGACUGCACACAAACACAUAGCCUCAAUUUUCUUGCUCCACCAUUUUUGUCUUGUUUUGUAUUUUUCUCUCUUCAUCCUGUUAAGAACUGUUAGUUUCCAUCUUGAGCUUUCGGUGGACCAUAUACGGCUGCUACAGAAAUCUUCUGAGAGUCCUGGGUAUGGAUCUGACUCCUCAGAUGGCAACCUUAGCAGUUGCAGCAGUUUCUUCACAAGGCACCCCUGGAAUGCAGAGACUCUGAAGUUAUGAUAGCUUAUAUGUGAAUUUCCAAUGUUACUCUCAAGAAUUAGGGGUGGGAGGGACUUAGAGUUAAAUAUGAUAGCCCAGGGAAGUAUAUGUUCUUGUUGUCAGGGUGAGAAUGAAUCUCUGCUGCUCAAGUCAAAGGUUCUUGAAUAUUCUUUGUUUUGCAGUCUUCUUACCAUCAUUUAAUUGUGUAUUUAUUUAUACACACACACAAACACACAGCUCCAUUCAUCACAAACUCAAAGCAAAGCAAAAAAAUAAGUAAAUAAACAAAUAUGUAUAUGUGUUGCAAGCAAAACACUGUGAAUUUCACAACAGCAACCAAGCAACUCUUUCGCCAUCUUAUUAUAUGCCUCAGGAGACGAAAUGUGGAAAGGUGGGGAUGUCAUUUUACAGUCUAUGCAUUCUAGGCCAAGUUGUGUUGAUUUUUUUGCAUUAAUUUAAUAAAAAUGAUCCCGAGUAAAGGUUGACUGAAUGUUUAACAUAAUAAAAGCUGCUAGUAGCAAGUGUUUGAACAGGAAACCAGAAAAAACAAUUGGGGAAGAUAAAAUGAAAUGUAAAAGACCUACAUCUUGCAGCUUGUAUAUCUUUCUAUUGCUUAACAAAUGUAUAAUAGGUGGAAAUGUUUUCAAUACAAGGUCUUAUAAUUCAAUGUGGAUUUUGAAUAAUGUAAUCCCUUGACUAUUGACCAGACUCUGGUGAAAAAUUGCUCCCUGCGUUCCUUGAUCAUUAUCUAUGAGUUACAAAUCUGCCUAGAGAUGUGGACACUCUCUACAUUUGCUUCUGUAUAUGGAGGGCUGUUUGUAUAUAUCCGGUCCAUAGACACACACAUUUCAAUAUCUGUCUGCAGAUAUAUCUCCUUUUAAACUGUGACCUGGUAUUUGGAAUUCUCUUCUAAUUUGGUUUAUUUUCCUUUUAAUGUGAUGUCUCUGUGCCGAAAUUUACCGGCUAUUGUUUUGCAAUCUGUUUUUGAGGUCUAUUGCUUUAUAAGACCCACUGCAUCUUGGCUGAUUUCAAAGUGACACCUGAAUAUCAGUGUUUAAAAAAAAAGUUUUGUUUGUAAAUUAUGUGACCAGCUUCUCUCAACCUGACAUGGAAAGUCUCUUGUACUACAGUGUAUUUAAUAAAAAUGAUGUCUUACAAUAAAAUAACAUCCUCCAAAAGAGA